ACGCUCGGCACUAGCGGCCAUCGCGCAUGAGCUUCUCAGGGUUUGCACUCAAGGGCAAGAAGAAGUCGCUGGGCGCGACGGCGGCGAAGACAUCCCUUGGUGGCUUCCGUGUAGAGAAGGACAAAGAAACUGAUGAAAAGAAGGAGAUUGUUGUCGGGUUCACGACAUCCGGUGAUGCCUUGCUGAAAGACCCGUUGGCAGGGUCCAAGAACGGUCCGUUGGUCAUUCCGUGCAUCAAGGCGAACUGGACAGAGGACCAAAAGGCAGCUGAAGCACUGCUGGAAGAUAUUCGCAACAGUUCGCGGAAAGAGCAGGAAGAUGCAGCGGAGUCGACCCUAGUGAUUCCCAUGGGCGCUGCCGAGGAGAACACGUCACAAAAGAAAAAGAAAGACGCACCCAUGUUGACGAGGAAUCGAAUCCCAGGCAUGGACAAGAUCGUUGGGGAAACGAAUAAGUUCAAGCAUGAUUUGUCGAUGCGACCAGACGAGCUCGACAUCCACAGCGAGGCGUUUGAAGCGGUGCCGAUUGAAGAAUUUGGCGCUGCGUUACUGCGUGGAAUGGGAUGGACAGGAAAGGAUCGCGUCGAGCCAACGGGGUCCAAAGUUCAAAUGCGGCACUAUCGACUAGGGCUUGGCGCGACCCCAAAGCCGACGCUCGAGUCCAAGCAGAAGAACUUCAUUCCAAAACCAGAGCCGCGUGAGCGCAGCAAUCAUUACAGCAGCAGCAGCAUCCGGGCAUCCCACAAGCGCAGUCGGAGUCGAAGCCACGACCGCUCGAUCAAAAGGCGCUGAAAACUUUGCCCUCUCGUGGUUUUUUAAAUGAAGUUCAAAAUUGAUACUUUUUCCAGAAAAGAGCCA